AUGAGUUCGAACCGAGCUGAGCCCGCGGGGAAGCAGAAGAGGACCCGGGACCGCAGGAAACGUCGCGAAGGGCUGGUGUCUGCGGCCGGGGGCGGACGCAGCGCAGGAGGAAGGGCCGACCGCUCUCCGUCCCCCGUCGCUGCAGCGGGCCGCGUGGAGCUCAGUGGCACGCCCGUGCGGCGCUUCGCAGUGGAUGACUUUGAAAUCGGGCGUCCUCUGGGCAAGGGGAAAUUUGGGAAUGUGUACCUGGCUCGGCUCAAGGAAAGCCAUUUUAUCGUGGCCCUGAAAGUCCUCUUCAAGUCCCAGAUCGAAAAGGAAGGACUGGAGCCCCAGCUGCGCAGGGAAAUUGAAAUCCAGGCGCACCUGCAACACCCCAAUAUCCUGCGCCUCUACAACUAUUUCCAUGAUGCCCGCCGCGUGUACCUGAUUCUAGAAUAUGCUCCAAGGGGUGAGCUCUACAAGGAGCUGCAGAAGAGCCACACGUUAGACGAACAGCGCACAGUGACGAUAAUGGAGGAAGUGGCAGAUGCUCUGAUCUACUGCCACGAAAAAAAGGUGAUCCACAGGGAUAUUAAGCCAGAGAACCUACUGCUGGGGCUCAGGGGUGAGGUGAAGAUUGCAGACUUUGGCUGGUCUGUGCACACCCCAUCUCUGAGGAGAAAGACAGCGUGUGGGACUCUGGACUACUUGCCCCCCGAAAUUAUUGAAAGGAGAACAUAUAAUGAGAAAGUAGAUCUGUGGAGCAUUGGAGUGCUGUGUUAUGAGCUGCUGGUGGGAAGUCCACCCUUUGAGAGUCCUUCCCAUAUUGAGACAUACCAACGCAUCCUCAAGGUCGAUGUAAGGUUUCCCCCAUCAUUACCUUUGGGGGCCCAGGACUUGAUCUCCAGGCUUCUCAGGUACCAGCCUUCGGAGCGGCUUCCCUUAGCCCAGAUCCUGGAGCACCCCUGGGUCCGGGCCCACUCUCAGAGGGUGUUGCCUCCAUCCAUUCAGAUGGCUUCUUGA